UUCCAUCACCAGCCCGGCGGCCUGAGGCUCUUCACAUGCUUGUCUUCCUCGACUCUCUAUGGAUCCCGACCGGCGGCGACACCGUUGAGCCGAACACUGACUACACUACGACGUACUAUAACUAUAGCUUUUACGGGAGAAACUAAUUCAAUGACAGUCCAGUGACAGUUUUGCUUUUCUUUAUCGGCCGAUCUCUUUGUUGUUCCCGCCACACUCAUUGACAGAAAUAGGUUGAUCCCACCCAUUCUCUCCCCGCUCGUCACGAACCAUGCCCGACAACCAGAAGCGGGGCAACAGUGACGACAAACCCGCCGACCCUCACCGCAAGGAGCCCGAGCCCAAAUCCUCCGCCGGGGCCAACGAAGGCGACCAGGAUGGCCAUUCGCUAGCCAGUCGCAUCCAAGAUUCCGCGUCUGGACUCGCCAGAAGUGUGUUUUCCACCUCGGGCCAGCCCUCUGCAGAGACCGCUCAAUUGCUGGCCGGCAGUGGUAAAGCCUCGUCCGCCUCGUCCUCCUCACAGUCCGCCCUAUCAGCAGCGCAACAAUUUCACGAAACCACCGGAUUGAAUUCUUCGCGGACAGCAGAUCAAGCACCAGUCACACAAUUCGAAGCAUUCCGAUCAUCGUCCACCACCCACGCCGGAGGGUUCGAGCUUCCCUCGCUCACAGAAGAUGAAUUCCAGCGCACGUAUGGGGAAGAAUCCCUCAACGGCAGCAAUGGAAUGUACCUUGCAGCAUCUGCUCCAGCUGCAGCGGACUUAAGCACAGUCGACACGGGCAAAGGCAAGGGCAGAUGGACACCGAGUCAUCAUGCUGCCGGCGAAGGGGGUCUGUCUCAGGACAAACAAGGCGGACAAGCGUCCGCCCUUCCGUCUGACGGCGCCGCAGUCGUCUCGCUCCUCUCCGAUUUGACCUUCGACCCCAACUUUCCCCCGUCCGCCAACGAGCCAGCGGAGGUAAUCGAGACCGAACUCUCCGCGCCAGCCCAGCUCACCCCCGCGGAGAUCCAGGCUCUCGAGUCUUUUCGUCGCGUGCUUCCCACUUCUACCAUCAACACACACACUACCAACCACGUAAACCCGCAUAGUCUCGUUCCUGAUAUUAGCAGCUUCCUCGAGUCCGUCCCGUCCGCAGCCAAUACAGACGCCGUGACCCUGCGCGACGCGGUCAUGACGGGAUUACCAGGCGCAGCGGACUGGCUCGGGGUGGAGGAGCGAUACCACGACGAGGUAUGGGGCUACCUGCAACCUACUCUGGAGGCCGCCGCCCAGGAGCUACAGUCCAAGGACUGGGGUGGUUCAGAUGGCCAGCAGCCGGAUGGCCCCGCUGUACGACGUCUGAGGAUGAUCUUGAAGCAUAUGCAGACUGGUCCUGGUGCGAUGGGGGAGUAGCACUUAGUGGGGUAGAUGCGGGUGCAUGGUAGUGAUAUACCCAGAUGGUCUUGCCCUGGUCCAGCAUCGUCUGUAAUAUAGUGUGUGCAGCUGGUAGAUUUGUCCAUCAAGUUGAAUUCAUCGCGUCGCGUCAAGCGACGAGCACCUUCUUGAUUUAUCGGGGAUAUAUAUAUCUAAUUCCAGAUGUCCAAAUCCACGCAUACACCUCGUGAGAUAUACACCUAACCUCAAAACCAAUUCGAAUGCACACAAUCAAGCUAUUCAACACCAACAAUAGAAGAACCACAAAG